CAGGAGGGAGGGAAAGAAGGAGAGACAGCCGGCUGCUAGACAACAGGUUGCAAAUCAGAAGGUUGGUCUCCUCUGCAUUCCGGCUCAGAACGCAUUGGGCGCCUUCCUUCCCGCUUUGCAUGCCCUGAGCCAUCCUCGCCCCUUGCUUUUCCCUUUCCCUGGAAGGAAGGCAUGGGAGGCAAAGAGAAGGAGAAGAAGCCAACUGGUGGCCCUUAUGGGGAGAAGCGUAAAUAUGAUCCCUCUUUCCGUGGUCCCAUCCAGAAAAGGAGUUGCACAGAUGUCAUUUGUUGUGCUAUUUUUGCAGUUUUCCUCUUUGGUUACAUUAUAGUGGGGAUUGUGGCCUGGCUCUAUGGCGACCCUCGGCAGGUUAUUUAUCCCAGGAAUUCAACUGGAUCCUAUUGUGGAAUUGGUGGCAACCGUGACAAACCUUUCUUGCUGUACUUCAACCUUAUUAAAUGUGCCACGACUGUGAACAUCCUUGCAGCAGCAAUGAAUGGAUUGCAGUGCCCCACAACACAGAUUUGUGUCUCAUCCUGUACGGAUAAGUUCUGGGUUGUGCCACCCAAUGCCUUCUUCCCUCCCUAUCAGCAUCCUUCCAAAAUAUGGGACCAGAUGUUGUGCCAGCCACGUAUUGACCUUAAGACCACUAAUCUGACUAUAAGAGACAUUAUCCAGAAAGAACUCUGCCCAGAAUUCACUCUUCCAACUCAACCAAUCCUUAAUCGCUGCUUUCCUACUUUUAAUAUCUCUGAAGCCGAAAACUUUACCCUGACUGGGAAGACUGUCAAUGAAACCAUCGAAGAUAUCAAAUUGGGAGCAGAGCAGCUGAUAAAGUCUCUCGAUGCCAAAAAUAUUGGACUGAAGAUCUUUGAGGAUUUCACCCGCUCCUGGUACUGGAUCCUGAUAGGCCUCCUGAUCGCCAUGGUCUUCAGCCUCCUCUUCCUUCUGCUGCUCAGAUUCACUGCCGGGGCUCUGGUGUGGAUCCUGAUUAUUGGGGUGCUGGCUAUCAUUGCGUAUGGAAUUUUCCACUGUUACAUAGAAUACAGGAACCUCAGCAAGGCUGGCGCUGCCACAUUCCAGUCCAUUGGAUUCACCACCAAUUUGAGUGCCUAUGGCAGCGUCAAGGAAACCUGGCUUGUGGCCUUGAUCAUCCUCUGUGUGGUGGAAGUCAUCCUGCUCCUCACCCUCUUGUUCUUGCGCAAACGCAUCUUCAUUGCCCUUGCCCUCAUCCGGGAAGCCAGUCGAGCCAUUGGACACAUGAUGUCUACCCUCUUCUACCCGAUUCUGACUUUCAUCUUGCUGGUGAUAUGUGUGGCCUAUUGGGGAAUGACUGCCCUAUACCUUGCCACUUCAGGAAUACCCCUGUACCGCUUGACUGCCCCUAACAACACUGCUCCUGGCUGUGAACGCAUCUCUGGCAAUCAGAGCUGUAAUCCAUUGAAAUUCAAUGCCUCGGAAUAUCUCCCAUGCUCCGCAGAGUGCAUCUUCUACAAGUACAAUGACGAAGGGCUGAUCCAGCAAAACCUCUUCAACCUCCAGAUCUACAACAUCCUGGGCUUCCUCUGGUGCAUCAACUUUGUCAUUGCCCUGGGGCAGUGUGUGCUGGCCGGAGCCUUUGCCUCUUACUACUGGGCCUUCCACAAGCCCCGAGACAUUCCCCUCUGUGCUGUGUGCAGUGCCUUCAUCAGGACAUUAAGAUAUCACAUAGGAUCUCUGGCAUUUGGCGCCCUCAUCCUAACCAUUGUCCAAGUCAUCCGCAUCAUCCUGGAAUAUCUGGACCACAAAUUGAAAGACUCUGUUAAUCCUGUUGCCCGUUGUAUCUUGUGCUGCCUGAAAUGUUGCUUCUGGUGUCUGGAGGAGUUCAUCAAGUACCUCAACAGAAAUGCCUACAUAAUGAUUGCUAUUUAUGGGAAGAAUUUCUGCGUCUCUGCCAAAAAUGCUUUCAAGCUCUUGAUGAGGAAUGUUGUCAGGGUUGUGGUGCUGGAUAAAAUAACAGACCUGCUGCUCCUUUUUGGAAAGCUGCUGGUGGUUGGAGGAGUUGGCGUGUUCGCUUUCUUCUUCUUCACAGGACGGAUCCCCAUUCAUGACUCCCGGUUCCAGUCCCCCACUUUGAACUACUACUGGCUUCCCAUUUUUACGGUGGUGGUGGGCUCCUACCUCAUAGCCCAAGGUUUCUUCAGUGUCUACAGCAUGUGUGUGGACACUCUCUUCCUCUGUUUCCUGGAGGACUUGGAGAGGAACGACGGCUCCAGCGAAAAGCCAUACUUUAUGGACAAGUCACUCAUGAAGAUUCUCAACAAAAAGAACAAAGAAGGCUAGAAUAAAUAACUCUGGCAAAAGUGGGCACCCACCCCUGAAUGUGUUGAUUUCCAUGACCCUGGUCCUUAUCAUUUUGUGCUGUAUCAAGUACAGCUCAAUAUGCACCUUCUUCUUUUCAUUCCAUAGUGGGGGUUUUAAUGGACCUUGCACAAGAAGACUUGCCAAUUUUGCACCAUUUUUCUUUAACUUGCUGCUUUCCUCGUCCUUCUAUUAUCUGAAUAUAGCCAACUGGAGAAACUUUAUUGCAUUGGCAAUGUUGAUUUAGAUUUUUCAACAGUAGCAACCAUUUUAACAUAAUGCCAUAUAGUUUUUGGAAGUUUUAAUUAGCUAGCUGUGGUGGCAUUCCUUAUAUCAGUGGUUCCCAACCUUUGGACCUCCAGGUGUUUUGGACUUCAACUCCCAGAAAUCCCAGCCAGCUUACCAGCUGUUAGGAACUGUGGGAGCUGAAGUCCAAAACAUCUGGAGGCACAAAGGUUGGGAAUCACUGCCUUGUAUGGAUGAAUUGGCCAGUGCUGUUAUACCCCUUCCAGGUAGCCUCUUUCAAACUGGGUUGCUGUGAGUUUUCUGGGCUGUAUGGACAUUUUCCAAAAUGCUUCUGGAACAUGGCCAUACAGCCUGAAAAACUCACAGCAACCCAGUGAUCCCAGCCAUGAAAGCCUUCAACAAUUAUUUCAAACUGUUUCUUGGUUGGCUAUCUUGUCUUCCAAACACUUAUUCUCCCCAACCACCACAGGUUGGCUACUUUUCUCUUCAUCUCUAUGCAAUGCCUUAAUAAGCGCCUAUAUUUCUUUCUGCUCUUUGCCUCUCUACUGUAGAAUUAAUGCAGUUUCCCAGUUGCCUAUGUCUACCCUGAUUACUAUUUUAUUUUUUAACAAAAUAUGUUUUUAUUUAUUCUUUUUGCCAAAUUUUCCUAUGCUGCUAUUAACUGUCCUCUAUCUGGUUCAGGUGGCUCCCUUUCCAAUUACUUUGUCCGCUGAUCAGUUCUUUUUAUGCAAUUUGCCAGAUUUCAAACAUUUCAUAGAUAUAUAAACCCCACUUGCCUAGUUUCCAACAGACCUCAACAACCUCUGAGGAUGCCUGCCAUAGAUGUGGGCGAAACGCCAGGAGAGAAUGCUUCUGGAACACGUCCAGACAGCCUGGAGAACUCACAGCAACCCAGUGAUUCUGGCCAUGAAAGCCUUUGACAACACAAUAAUAAUAUGGUUUUUUAACAUUAGAAGUCACCUGAAGGCACACAGCAACAUUAAAAACCCAGAACACAGAACUAUAAUGAGGUGCUGUGAUCUUUGUAUGGCCAUGUUCCAGAAGCAUUCUCUCCUGAUGUUUCACCCAUAUCUAUGGCAGGCAUCCUCGGAGAUUGUGGACAAAACGUCAGGAGAGAAUGUGUCUGGAACAUGUCCGUACAGCCCGGAAAACUCACAGCAACCCAGAUUUCAAAUGGUUAUGAUUUGUAAUGUAGUGAAACAAUUGGGGUGAAACCUCAUUCUCUCCUGAAUAGUGGUCUGUCUUAUUUCCUAACAGUUGUUUUUAAUUGUAUUUUAAUAUUUUAUUUUAUUUAGAUUGUUGUUUUUGUACUCUGUUUACAAAGGCAUUGAAUUGUUGCCAUGUUGCGAAGCCGCCUUGAGUCACCUCUGGGAUUGUGAAAGGCGGGGUAAAAUUAUCAUAAAUAAAAUAAGUGCCUUCACUGAAAAAUGACGUUUAUCUUUUCUCAUAUAAUAGGAUCACGAUGCUAAGUCUGUCAAAGUUCAGGCCCACUAGGAAGGCAGACUUUUAAAAAUUCAUACAUUUCUAUCCUAGUGCUCUAAUAAACAACUCCCAUUUCACACUGUUUCUAUGGCUCUGGGAGUCCUCUUUUAAAGUCCUGUUUAUGGCUUCCUUCAAUUUUGUUUUUAUAUUGCCAUGUGAGCUGCUAAAAUGUACUGUAUAUAGAUUUUUUCUUUCUGUACAGAUUUGUUAAAAAAAAUUAUAGGAAGCAUAGAUUUAUUAAAACUGAUUCUAAGUAAGCUUGAA